GAAGGUCAGCCCGUAUGCCGCCUGCAUCUCCAACCGCAACGCCUCCUCGCAAGAUGUGGAGGUGGCAAUCGCCUGGGGCUGUCAACAUCUUACAGGCGAGUGGAACUGCAAUCACAUCGACAAAGGCUGCCAAAGUGACGUUUUCGCCAAAGGCGAUUGG